UCGGUAUCGUAGCGCAGCGUAGAGCGCGCGCCGGGUGCCCUCGGCACAGUAGAGAAAUUUUCAUUAGUCUACAACGAUCACACAUGGAGGGUGCACGUCCGUUUUCGCCGCGAUUUAUUCCGAUAUAGAUGCGCCACUGGUUGAUAUAAAACAAGUGUACGAAUGAUUAUUUUAAAGUGAAUUAAAUAAUGGGAAACGAGUGUAAUUGGUGUUAUAUAACAGAAUAAAUGUUAAAGCAAAUUUAGUGUCUUGUCAAAAAUGAAUGGCAAAAUGCACAGUGAAACCGGUGCUUUCUCAUCUGACGACAUGCGUGCCGAAAUAUUAAAUCCCUUCGUUCACAAAUUGGAACUAGACAACACAUUCGAUAAAAUAAAGACGGCGAUAUUCACAGUAAUAUUGCUGCCUUUCCGCGUCAUAGUCAUUUGUUACCUCAUAGUGACUGCUUGGUUUCUCGCUUGUAUCGGCCUUUAUGGUUUGAGCGAAGAAGAUUUGAGGAAAAAGCCUAUGACGGGAUGGAGAAGAUCCCUGAAACCGCUAAUAUGUUUCAUCGGCAAAAUGUCUUACUUGGCGGGUGGCAUGGCGAUAACGGUGCGCGGGCGGCAGGCCAGCAGAAAGGAGGCUCCCAUCUUGGUGGUAGCCCCUCAUUCUUCGUUCCUCGACAGCUGCAUCGUGUAUGCCACCAAGAUGUCGUCCGUGAUCGUCAGAAAGGAGAGCAUGGACAACUAUGUUGGAAAGCUCAUCAAUUACACACAGCCCGUGUACGUAUGGCGGGAUGACCCCAAUUCGAGACAAAACACCAUCAAGGAGAUUAUCGAGAGAGCCACCUCGAAGGAAGAUUGGCCACAGCCGGUCACCAUCCGCUACCCUAAUGCGCGUGACACCGUCACCUGGACUUGGGAGGGACCUGGAGCUUCCUGUGAGAUCGAGUUCCUGCCGGUGUACUACCCCAGCGAGGAAGAGAAGCGGGACCCCAAGCUGUACGCCAGGAAUGUCAGGGAUGUUAUGGCUAAGUUGGAGCGGUCGCAGUUAGAGCUACAUUUAGCCGCCAGUGGGGUCAAAGGCAACAGUCGUUGGCUGACCACGAUCAAGCGGGUUGAUUUACUUCCCAGACUACUUGCUGACGGCUUCGUUCUUGUCGCUACAACAUGCGCCGUACACGCAGCUCAUAUCAUUGGCCUUCAAGACGAGUUCAUCUCGUUCGCGCAGAAGAAGCCGGAGUGGUCGUUCGUUUUCGCAAGCGACGCGCCCCAACACAAGCUCAAGGCACAAUGAGGGUCACCCAUCUCGAUCCCCACCGUCUGUAGCCAAGUACCGUUACCUUGAUUGAAGUGCGAUACGAAAAUAACUUGAACUGAAUACUUCAUGAGUACGCGUCACGUAACCUUAUAUCCUGCUCGAAGGACCAUUGUUACGUUAGGCACAAGACAGAAGUACAUACAUGAGGCUAACUUCUGUAAUAACUAUUUUAUGCUAGUAGUAUGCGCAUUUGCGAUUUGACUCGUCUUGAAUACUUUGACGACAUCUGAGUAAACAAAAAUUUAAAUUAGGACAAAUAUAAUUUCUUUUUAAUGAACAUAAGUGUCGCCGCACACGGGCCACACGCCACAGCCACAAACGCCGCCACGAGAACCUGGAAGCGGAUACAAAAGUGGCUGAAGCGCGCGACAGCGGCCGACUAAGGUAAGGGAGAGAGGGGUGGGGAAUCGUGCGAGUGACGUGUGGCGGCGUUUUGUACC